AUGACUUUCGAGAGGAGGGGUCUUCUCUGCUUUGGAUUCAUGGAGGGCUUCUGGAAGGAGAGUGAGUUUGAGCUGCCCCUUGAUUUUCAGGGUCUGGCCGGCAGCCCCAGCCGGCGGGCGCGGAACGGGCAGCGGGGCGGGGACGGCAGGGUCCCCUGGGGGCCCCGGAGUUGGGAGGCGGCGUCCGGGAGCCCCCAGAGGAGGAUGGGCUGCGGACGCAGCAAGCUGAUCUGCUGCAAACCCCCCAAGAAGAGACACCAAGAACAAGAACAGCCACGCAGUUCAGUACACCAAGAACCAGGCCCCCUCAAUGAGGACACAGCCACAACUGUCCAUCUCUGUGAGUGUGAGGAGACUGAGCAGCAGCAGAAGGAUAUAACCAGAAUUCUCCAGCAACAUGAAGAAGAAAAAAAACAAUGGCAACAACAGGUGGAGAAGGAAAGGGAGCUGGAGCUUCGAGAGAAACUGGCUGAGCAGCGCCUAGUCCUGGAGGGAGAACAUGAGGAGGCCCUGAGAGUCCUCCGAGCCUCACAUGAGCAAGAGAAAGAAGCCCUUAUCCACUCCUCCCAGGAGGCCAAGGCAGCCCUGCAGGAGACCAUAGAUGAACUGACCUCACAGCUGCAGGCCUUCCAAGCCAAGAUGAAGAGGGUGGAAGAGUCCAUUCUGAGCCGAAACUAUAAGAAGCACAUCCAGGAUUACGGGAGUCCCAGCCCAUUCUGGGAGCAGGAGCUGGAGAGCUUGCACUUUGUCAUCGAGAUGAAAAAUGAGCGUAUUCGUGAGCUGGACAAGCGGCUGAUCCACAUGGAAACAGUGAAAGAAAAAAACCUGAUGUUGGAGGAGAAAAUCAGCACCCUGCAACAGGAGAAUGAGGACCUCCACGUCCGAGGCCGCAACCAGGUGGUUAUGUCCAGGCAGCUCUCUGAGGAUCUGCUGCUCGCCCGAGAGGCCCUGGAGAAGGAGUUGCAGUUACGGCGACAGCUCCAGCAGGAGAAGGAGGAGCUGCUGUACCGGGUCCUCGGGGCUGAUGCCUCCCCUGCGUUCCCGCUGGCCUCUGUCACCCCCACCGAGACAGGAGAUGCCAACACAGUCUCAAGUGUCCACCUGAUACAAGUAGCUCACUCUUCAUCAGCACCUCUCUCCAACCCAUUGUCCAGUCCCUUCCAUGUCUGAUGAGUUGUCUUCGGGAAUGGUUCCUGUCCUGGGCCAACAGAAGGUUUGGGGACCAUGACUGCCGGGAUUCUUCUAGUCUCAGUCAGACCAUUAAGUGUGGUCUUUUUAUGAAAAUUUGGGGUCUGCAUCCCACUGAUCUCCUGCUCCCUCAGGGGUUCUCUGAAGGGCAGUCAUCAGUUGUGGCCGGGCACCAUCUAGUUCUUCUGAUCUCAGGAUGAUGUAAGUCUCUAGUUCACAUGGCCCUUUCUGUCUCUUGGGCUCAUAGUUAUCCUGUGACCUCUAUGCAAACUUUUGAGUAGUAUCAGGUUUGAUUUCAGACGGUGAUGGUUAUUAUUAUGGUCACAGCUAAAACUUAUUGGGCACCCAGGCACUGUGCAACGAGCUCUGGUAACACAGUGGUUAAGCACUCAGUGAUAAGUGAAAGGCCAGUGGUUCAAGCCCACCAACUGCUCCACGGGAGAAAGAUGCAGCAGUCUGCAUCCAUAAAGAUUACAGCCUUGGAAACCCUUUAGGACAGUUCUACUCUGUCCUAUAUGGUCACUAUGAGUUGGAAUCAACUUGACAGCAAUGGGUUUUAAGACAACCUCAUAGCACCAAAUGGCAAUACUGCCAAUGGCCUGACAGUAUCUGAAAGAAGACUGGGAUGACAACAAAUCUCUAAAUCCUGGUCCAAACACUACCCAUGCUCUUGCAAAGAUUAUUGUGGCCCAACCUCUUCCUGGGAGGGAGGGGAAGCUGGAUCUCAGCCUCUCCAGGGAUCAGCCUCCUGUCAAGUACUGGGCUGGAAAUCCUUCAAAGGCCCUGCCCCUGAUGGAGCCCUGAGAUGGUUGAUCUUUGUGAGAAAAAUCAGACUCUUAGAUUCUAAGAAUCUAGGAAUAAACAUUCCAACUCCGAUCAUGAUAUAAUCUCGGUAUGAUGAACUCAAGACUUUAAAAUUAAAAUAACAUUGCUUUGAUUUAUUGAGGUGUCCCUGGGUGGUGCAAAUGGUUAAGUGCUCAACCACUUGCCAAAAGGUUGGUGGUUUGAACCCACCCAGAGGCACCUUGGAAGAAAGGCCUGGUGAUCUGCUUCUGAAAAGUCACAACCUUGAAAACGCUAUGGAGCAGUUCUACUCUGACACACAUGGGGUCGCCAUGAGUUGGAAUCAACUCAACAACAGCUAACAACAACAGCCACAAUUUAUUGAGUGUUUAUGUAUCAGGCUGUAAGCUAAACAUUCAUAUACAUUACAAAAUCUAAUCUUUGAAACCACCCUAUUAUUUUGAGACUAUAGCUAUCCCCGUUUUACCCCUGAAUAAACUGAGUCUUCAUUUUGUUAAAUCUUGGCAGUGAAUGGAGGAGCCAGGGUUUGUUCUAUCAGACUCAGUUCCACACACUUUGACCCACAACAUGAAUUCUAGCUUGGCAGACUUAGAAUGAUAGCCUCUGAAUUUCAGAUCAGAGAGACCUGUUAGGCAUGGAAGGGGCUUAGAUUAUACAGUGCAUCCUUGUCAUUGUACAGAUGAGGAGCUGAGUUCAGAGAGGCAACAAGUCUCAGCCAGAGACACAGAGAGCAAAGGAGCUGAGCUCAGAACCCAGCACCCAUUACCCUUCCCCUAGUCAUCAGCGGGGUACUUCUGGGGGAGGCAGGGAUGAGGGAUCUCAGGACUGCCCCAGAGAGGUAAGUGGAGGCCCAUACCUGAAAUGACACAGAUGAGCAGACAAUGGGCCAAGAAGCAGAGGGCUCUGGGGUCCGUGAUAGAAUGACCUGGAGCUGAGAUGCUGCUGCAGCUAUGGCAGGGGCCACAGGGGAGAGACUGCAGGGGUUGCACACAGUGAGCAAUAAAGUGAUGGGGACCACCAGGAAUGGGAUGGGAGGUAGGGCUUGAGUCCAAAAGUAAAUCACAGUCCUGAGUCCUGGCGUCUCCAGGACUCCAAACAAAAUUCCUUUCUCUGGGUUCCUCCUGCCAAGGUGAAUGGAGCUAUUCAGAGCCUCGCUCAGGAAAAACCAGUCCUGUGACCAGGGGAGGAGGGUCCUCGAGGGUAGACAGGUGGGUCUGGGAGGCAGCUAGAGAGGCCAUUAGAGGGUCAUAGGUGGGGUUGUUGAGGGACAGGAGUAUCUGAGGACAAAAUAGGUGAACGUGGCUAGGAGGAAGCAGGGGUCAGCUACUGUCUGUGGGCCAAAUCUGGCCACCUGCCUGUUUUUGCAUAGCCCACAAGCUAAGAAUGGCUUUUGUAAAUGAUUGAAAAAAUUUUUUAAAUAAUAUUUGGUGACACAUGGAAGUUGAACUUCAGUGUCCAUAAAGUUUUAUUGGAACACAGCCACACUCAUUUGUUUAUAUGUUGUUCAUGAUUGCCUUUGUGAUACCAUGACAGGGUUGAUCUUUGAUGUGGUGAAAAACAUAUGAUAUUGUUCACUACAGAUUAGUAAGUAAGCACAGGUAAACGCAUGCUUACCUUUCUCACUGGGUAAUCCGUCUCUGUCAGGGACUGUAAAUUUGAAAAGAGACAGGAAGUUGCUGUGAGGUUGUGCAGGUUGUGCCACCCAGGUGAUUGGGUGGGACUGUGCGGAUAGGGUAACUGUGGUCCACCAAAGAGACUGGCCAGCUUUGCCAACCCUCUGGGCCUAAAAUGAGCCACCCCAGAGUCAGGAAAGAGAGGAUCCCACCACCACAGAGGAAGGAUAACCUAGAGUGGAACUUGUCCUAUGGGCCCAGGAUCCCUGCACUGAGUAGCUCCUGGAACCAGGAGACUGAGCUGUAACACUGAAGACAGCAAGAAGUAGUGGCAGAGAAACGGCAGCAGGAGAGAUCAGCAAGGGAUGGUAGAGUAGGCCUUCCAGCCCACGGGGCAAGAAAGCUGAGUGCCUUUGGGUGGAGGCUUACCCGCGGAGUGGGGUGCCUCUGAGCACUUACUGGCAGAGCUAAAAGAGCUUCGUAACAUUUGCCUGAGCAGGUCAGAGGCCAAGGGCCGCAGAAAGGUGUGCCUGCGGCAGCGUGGCUGGGAAGCAGCUGUCCUGAUGGAAGAAUUGUAUCCUGAGUGUUCCUCAACCUGAAUUGUAACCUGUUACUUCCCUAAUUAACCCCAGAAUCAUGAGUAUUGUCUGUGAGUUCUGUGGGGUCAUUGCAAUGAAUUAUCAAACCCAGCAGAGAAACAGUGCCAUGAGAGGGACAGUUGGUAUCAGAAUUGGUAAAUGUGGCGGAGAGAGGAGACAUAUCUGACAUCUGCCUUGUACAGAUCAUCCCUGGGCUGUUGAUCUUGAUUUUCCUUCCCCCUUCUGAAGUUAGAGGAGGUAAGAUGCCACCCCCACACCAUUUUUACAGGUUGGGAGAGAGACAGAUAGCACCCAUACCUAGAAGCAGAAUCUUUUUUUUUCUUUUCUUUAAAAUAAUUUUUAUUGUGCUUUAAGUGAAAUUUUACAAAUCAAGUCAGUCUGUCACACAAAAACAUAUACACCUUGUUACAUACUCCCAAUUACUCUCCCCCUAAUGAGACAGCCUGCUCCCUCCCUCCGCUCUCUCCUUUCGUGACCAUUUUGCCAGUUUCUAACCCUCUCUACCCUCCCAUCUCCCCUCCAGGCAGGAGAUGCCAACACAGUCUCAAGUGUCCACCUGAUACAAGUAGCUCACCCUUCAUCAGUAUCUCUCUCCAACCCAUUGUUCAGUCCCUUCCAUGUCUGAUGAGUUGUCUUUGGGAAUGGUUCCUGUCCUGGGCCAACAGAAAGUUUGGGGACCAUGACCACUGGGAUUCUUCCAGUCUCGGUCAGUCCAUUAAGUGUGGUCUUUUUAUGAGAAUUUGGGGUCUGCAUCCCACUGUUCUCCUGCUCCCUCAGGGGCUCUCUGUUGUGCUCCCUGUCAGGGCAGCCAUCGUUCGUGGCCAGGCACCAUCUAGUUCUUCUGAUCUCAGGAUGAUGUAAAUCUCUAGUUCACGUGGCCCUUUCUGCCUCGGGCUCGUAGUUAUCGUGUGACCUUGGUGUUCUUCAUUCUCCUUUGAUCCAGGUGGGUCGAGACCAAUUGAUGCAUCUUAGAUGGCCACCUGUUAGCGUUUAAGACCCCAGACGCCACAUUUCAAAGUGGGAUGCAGAGUGUUUUCAUAAUAGAUUUUAUUAUGCCAAUUGACUUAGAUGUCCCCUAUGCUGGCCUUUGAAGCAUUCGGUUUAUUCAAGGAACUUCUUUGCUUUUGGGUAGAAGCAGAAUCUUUGAUGUGGUGAAAAAAUGUGAAAUUGUUCACUACAGGUGAUCUGGUAAGCAAGGUAAGCACUGUGCUUACCUUGCCUAUUGGAUAAUCCACCCCGAAAGCUUGGCUGCUAACAGAAAGAUUGGCAGUUCGAACCCAUCAGCCGCUCCACUGGAGGGAUUAAUUUCUGGUCAGGAACUUUUUUACAGUUAAUACUUGGUUUCAUGGGUAAGAAAAACCCUAAAAUCAAAGUAAGAUAUCUGUUAUUAAUUUUUCUCUUUGACAGAGGUAACCACCACUUUUGUGGGUUAUUUUUCCAGACUUUUCUCUGCAUCUGAGUUUGUAUAUGUAUACCCAGGAAACCCUGGUGGCAUAGUGGUUAAGAGCUAAGACCACUAAGCAGAAGGUAGGCGGUUAAAAACCACCAGGCACUACUCUGUCCUAUAGGGUCGCUAUGAGUCAGAAUCAUCCUGACAGCAAUGGGUUUGGUUUUUAUGUACACCCAUAGAAAAAGUGCAAUACUGCUUUGUGGGUCCAUGGUAGUACAUAUUAAAAAAACCAAACCUGUUGGUGUCAAGUAGAUUCCGACUCAUGGUGACCCCACCUGUUUCAGAGUAGAACUGCACUCCAUGGGGUUUUAAUGUAUGUAAUCUUGUGAAACGUUCCCUGGGUGGUAUGGUUUGUGUUUGGCUACUAACCAAAAGGUUUUCUGUUCAAAUACACCCAGUGGGGCCACAGAAGAAAGGCCUGGAGAUCUACUUCCAUAAGAUUACAGCCACUGGAGUGCACUUGAUGGCAACAGAUAAUCUUAAAGAAGUAGAUCUCCAGGUCUUUCUUCUGCAGCUCUACUGGGUGGAUCCAAAUUGCCAACCUUUUGGUUAGUAGUUGAGUACAAACUUUUUAAACCACCCAUGACCGAAACAAACAAACCCUUUUCAGAAUCAUAGCUACCCUACAGGACGAGAGCAGAACUGCCCCACAGAGUUUCUAAGGAGUGGCUGGUAGAUUUGAACUGCAGACCUUUUGGUUAGCAGCUGAACAGUUAACCACUGUGCCAUCAGGGCUCCUGCAGAGGCCUACCUUUAUUCUUUAAGUGCUAGAUAGUAUCCUAUGGUUUGACUCUACUACAUUUCACCCAUUCCCCUACUAAAGGUUAUUGAGGUUUUUUCCAGCUUUUUGCUAUUGGAAACAAUGCUGCAGUAAGCAAGAACUAGCAUCCCAAGGUCCUAUUAAAAAUAAUCAAAACACAAAGAAGUUAAAACAUAAGGCUUAUUUUGAGCAGUUAUUAUAAAUGCAUGCAGGGAGAUCAUUUUGUUUCUAAAAACGAGUGAAUCAAAGCAGGCUAGUUACAACUGUUAAAAAAUAAUACACUUUUGAAUUAGCUCAAAACAAUAACAUAAUAUUUGGCUGUUUCAUAAUAAACAAUUUGCAAAUUAGAGGAGCUCGAGUCUCCCUGCAUGAAGGAAAACAAAGAGGGGAAAAGUGUUCGCCAGGUUUGGAAAUUUCACAGAAGUUUAAAUUUUUUUUUUCUUAAGGAAUGCAAGUUUCCAUAGUGACUGAGUACUUAAUGGUUACUGAAUUAACAUUAAGAAUUAACUCCUGAAAAUUUGAAAAUUAAAAUUAAGGAAGCACAUGGUCUUUUUCAUUAAGUCACAGGUAAUGGGUUUAUUAUGGACUACUUUUCCUAGCCAGAAAAGGUAAGUUUUACAAUGCUGCAGAGCAGUUUCUGGUGGGGGAAAAAAAAAAGUCAAUACUUUUGCAGUGUGGGCCAGGCUUUUUUAUGGCUAAUUUUUGGUUUUAAAAAUCUCUUAAAGUCAAAGUAAGGUGUCUGCUCUUAAUUUUUUUCUUUCAUAGCCAUAACGACAACAUUUUCCUUGAAAGUUUAUUAAGCAAAAAAAUGGUAUUCAAUGCAGACUUACCCUAAAACAUAGCUCUAGUCUGACCUUUGGAGCCUCUGUUUCUUGGAACUGACUACACAUAGAUAGUUCUUCAAAAGAGCAUAAUAACUAAGGCAAGAUGGUCUUUACUAGUUUAUCUGGACCAUUGCUUCACUCAAGGAUGACUUUUAGAAACGAGGUUCUACAAGGCUCGAGGUUCAAAAGGACAUCUAAGGACAAUGGUCUGGGUGGGAUACCUCAAUUCCAUGGACCCCAGAAAUCUAGAUUCCAGGAGAAUGAAAGCUUUCUCAGAAGCGAUUGAAAAGACCACGGUUUGGGUCAGGUGCACCUUAGUCAUCAAAGUGAUACCUUUGCUUUUUAAAACUUUGAGGAGAUCUUUUGCAGCAGAUUUGGCAAUGCAAUACCAUACAUCAUUUGAUUUCUUGAUCGCUGCUUCUGUGGGCAUUGAUUGUUGAUCCAAGUAGAAUGAAAACAUUGACAAUUUCUUCUCCAAGGAGAAAAAAGCGGAGCUAUGUUUCUGCUAUUGAAAACAAGCUGGAGCAGCUCAUUCAUAUAUUCAUUUAUUCUGUUCUUCAUUCAGCAGAUAUUUGUAAAGGGAGAAUAAAGCAGACCUGGCCUCAGCUUUCAGAGAGCUCACAUUCCAGGGAGGCAGAGUUGGACCUUCAUGACAUAAUCACACAAAUUCUCACAGAAUUUCAAACUGUGGUAGGUGCAGUGAAGGAGAGUGACAGAGUGAUCUGAGAGUGUUUAGCAUCUUUCAGUCUAGACCCAGGGCCUUGGGCUAGGAAGCAUCAUGGGGCAUUCUCCAGGGUCUUGGGCUGUGCCCAUACACCACUAUCUGGGACACAUGUAUACUCUUCUUGUGAAAUCCCUCCACUAGGAAAUCAUCAGCUAGAACUUGUGUUCAAAGUGGUGACCUGCCAAGCUCCCAGCACCCUCCCUUGGGAGUGCUGAGCCUAUGAGGCUGGAAGAUAAACUGUUACCUCUCAGAACCCUUUCCCUCCUUGAGAGACUCAUCCACUGAAAAGAGAAUGUUAGGCCCUGAAUGACAAAAGUCCUAGGCGGCCAACACCCUCUUCAAACAGGUGAACUGGGGCCUAGGCAGAAGAGGCUGCUCAAGGUCACAUAGCAACCAACAAAGCCCGAACUGGAACCCAGCUUCCCCAAGGUCCCCAAUUCUGCACUGCUUUCAACCCCACCACAAGACCUCCCUCACUCCAUGAAUGACAGUUGAUUUUAUACAGCAGGAAGCCUGCUUUAGCCAGAGCCCAGGAGGGUUUCUAGUGGCUGCAAGCAAUAGUUAGGAUAUAGACAAAACCCUGUGUUAGGGAGCAAGAGGUUCACGGCUGUGUUUGGAGGGAUUUGCACUGUGGUGUCCAUUCAGUGAAAAUAUACAAGCCAUAGUCCCCAAACCCCCGCCCUUGCUCCGCUGACCUUCGAAGCAUUCAGUUUAUCCUGGAAACUUCUUUGCUUUUGGUCCAGUCCAGUCCAGUUGAGCUGACCUUCCCUGUAUUGAGUAUUGUCCUUCUCUUCACCUAAAGUAGUUCUUAUCUACUAACUAAUCAGUAAAAUAUCCUCUCCCACCCUCCCUUCCUCCCCGCCUCGUAACCACAAAAGUAUGUGUUUUUCUCAGUUUAUACUAUUUCUCAAGAUCUUAUAAUAGUGGUCUUAUACAGUAUUUGUCCUUUUGCAUCUGACUAAUUUCACUCAGCAUAAUGUCUUCCAGGCUCCUCCAUGUUAUGAAAUGUUUCACAGAUUCGUCACUGUUCUUUAUCGAUGCUUAGUAUUCCAUUGUGUGAAUAUACCACAAUUUAUUUAACCAUUCAUGCGUUGAUGGACACCUUGGUUGCUUCCAGCUUUUUGCUAUUGUAAACAGAGCUGCAAUAAACAUGGGUGUGCAUAUAUCUGUUUGUGUAAAGGCUCUUAUUUCUCUAGGGUAUAUUUCGAGGAGUGGGAUUUCUGGGUUGUAUGGUAGUUCUAUUUCUAACUUUUUAAGAAAACGCCAGAAAGGGCCACAGGAACCAGAAACUUACAUCAUCCUGAGACCAGAGGAACUAAGUGGUGCCCGGCCACAAACGAUGACUGCCCUGACAGGGUGCUCAACGGAGAACCCCUGAGGGAGCAGGAGAUCAGUGGGAUGCAGACCCCAAAUUCUCAUAAAAAGACCACACUUAACGGUCUGACUGAGACUAGAGGAAUCCCAGCAGUCAUGGUCCCCAAACCUUCUGUUGGCCCAGGACAGGAACCAUUCCCGAAGACAACUCAUCAGACAUGAAAGGAACUGGACAGUGGGUAGGAGAGAGAUGCUGAUGAAGAGUGAGUUACUUGUAUCAGGUGGACACUUGAGGCUGUGUUGGCAUCUCCUGUCUAUAGAGGAGAUAGAAGGGUAGAGAGGGUUAGAAACUGGCAAAAUUGUCACAAAAGGAGAGACUGGAAGGGCUGACUCAUUAGGGGGAGAGUAAGUGGGAGUAUGGAGUAAGGUGUAUAUAAGCUUAUAUGUGACAGACUGACUUGAUUUGUAAACAUUCACUUAAAGCUCAAUAAAAAUUAUUUAAAAAAAAAAAAAGAAAGAAAGAAAACGCCAGACAGAUUUCCAAAGUGGUUGUACCAUCUUACAUUCACACCAGCAGUGUAUAAGAGUUCCAAUCUCUCCGCAGCCUCUCCAACAGUUAUUAUUUUGUUUUUUGAAUUAAUGCCAGCCCUGUUGGAGUAAGAUGGAAUCUCACCACAGUUUUAAUUUGCAUUUCUCUAAUGGCUAACGAUCGAGAGCAUUUUCUCAUGUGUCUGUUAGCUGCCUGAAUAUCUUCUUUAGUGAAGUCUGUGUUCAUAUCCUUUGCCUACUUUUUGAUUGGGUUGUUUGUCUUUUUGUGGUUGAGUUUUAACAGAAUCAUAUAGAUUUUAGAGAUCAGGCGCUGGUCAGAGAUGUCAUAGCUGGAAAUUUUUUCCCAAUCUGUAGGUGGUCUUUUUACUCUUUUGGUGAAGUCUUUAGAAGAGCAUAGGUGUUUGAUUUUUAGGAGCUCCCAGUUAUCUGGUUUCUCUCCGUCACUUUUAGUAAUGUUUUGUAUUCUGUUUAUGCCUUGUGUUAGGGCUCCUAACGUUGUCCCUAUUUUUUCUUCUAUGAUCUUUAUCGUUUUAGUCUUUAUGUUUAGGUCUUUGGUCCACUUGGAGUUAGUUUUUGUGCGUGGUGUGAGGUAUGGCUCCUGUUUCAUUUUUUUUGCAAAUGGAUAUCCAGUUAUGCCAGCACCAUUUGUUAAAAAGACUAUCUUUUCCCCAGUUAACUAACACUGGGCCUUUGUCAAAUAUCAGCUGCUCAUAUGUGGAUGGAUUUAUAUCUGGGUUCUCAAUUCUGUUCCAUUGGUCUAUGUGCCUGUUAUUGUACCAGUGCCAGGCUGUUUUGACUACUGUGGCUGUAUAAUAGGUUCUAAAAUCAGGUAGAGUGAGGCCUCCCACUUUCUUCUUCUUUUUCAGUAAUGCUUUGCUUAUGCAGGGCUUCUUUCCCUUCCACAUGAAGUUGGUGAUUUGUUUCUCCAUGGCAUUAAAAAAUGUCAUUGGAAUUUGGAUUGGAAGUGCAUUGUAUGUAUAGAUGGCUUUUGGUAGAAUAGACAUUUUUACUAUGUUAAGUCUUCCUAUCCAUGAGCAAGGUAUGUUUUUCCACUUAUGUAGGCCCCUUUUAGUUUCUUGCACUAGUACUUUGUAGUUUUCUUUGUAUAGGUCUUUUACAUCUUUGGUAAGAUUUAUUCCUAAGUAUUUGAUCUUCUUGGGGGCUACUGUGAAUGGUAUUGAUUUGGUGAUUUCCUCUUCGAUGUUCUUUUUGUUGAUGUAGAGGAAUCCAAGUGAUUUUUGUAUGUUUACCUUGUAACCUGAGACUCUGUCAGUAGUUUUCUGGAGGAUUCCUUAGGGUUUUCUGUGUAUAAGAUCAUGUCAUCUGCAAAUAGAGAUAAUUUUACUUCUUCCUUGCCAAUCCGGAUGGGUUUUCUUUCUUUGUCUAGCCUAAUUGCUCUCGCUAGGACCUCUACCACAAUGUUGAAUAAGAGCGGUGAUAAAGGGCAUCCUUGUCUGGUUCCCGCUCUCAAGGGAAAUGCUUUCAGGCUCUCUCCAUUUAGAAUGAUGUUGGCUGUUGGCUUUGUAUAGAUGCCCUUUAUUAUGUUGAGGAAUUUUCCUUUAAUUCCUAUUUUUCUCACAGUUUUUAUCAUGAAUGGGUGUUGGACUUUGUCAAAUGCCUUUUCUGCAUCAAUUGAUAAGAUCAUGUGGUUUUUGUCUUUUUUUUAUUUAUAUGGUAAAAUGGUUUUUCUAAUAUUAAACCAACCUUGCAUACCUGGUAUAAAUCCCACUUGGUCAUGGCGGAUUAUUUUUUUUCAUAUGUCGUUGAAUUCUAUUGGCUAGAAUUUUGUUGAGGAUUUUUGCAUCUAUGAUCAUGAGGGAUAUAGGUCUGUAAUUUUCUUUUUUUGUAAUGUCUUUACCUGGUUUUGGUAUCAGGGAUAUGGUGGCGUCAUAGAAUGAAUUAGGUAGUAGUCCAUCAUUUUCUAUGCUUUGAAAUACCUUUAGCAAGAGUGGUGUUAACUCUUCUCUGAAAGUUUGAUAGAACUCUACAGUGAAGCUGUCUGGGCAAGGGCUAUUUUUUUGUUGGGAGUUUUUUGAUUACCUUUUCUAUCUCUUUUUUUGUUAUGAGUCUAUUUAGUUGUUCUACUUCUGAUUGUGUUAGUUUAGGUAGGUAGUGUUUUUCUAGGAAUUCAUCCAUUUCUUCUAGGUUUGCAAAUUUGUUAGAGUACAAUUUUUCAUAAUAAUCUGAUAUGAUUCUUUUAAUUUUAGUUGGGUCUGUUGAGAUAUGGCCCAACUCUUUUCUUAUUCGGGUUAUUUGUUUCCUUUCCUGUAUUUCUUUAGUCAGUCUGGCUAAUGGUUGGUUUAUCAAUUUUGUUAAUUUUUUCAAAGAACCAGCUUUUGACUUUGUUAAUUCUUUCAAUUGUUUUUCUGUUCUCUAUUUCAUUUAGUUCAGCUCUAAUUUUUAUUAUUUGUUUUCUUCUGAUGCUUGAUGGAUUCUUUUGUUGCCUGCUUUCUAUUUGUUCAAGUUUUAGGGACAGUUCUCUGAUUUUGGCUCUUUCUUUAUGUGUGCAUUUAUCAAUAUAAAUUGACCUCUGAGCACUGCUUUUGCUGUGUCCCAGAGGUUUUGAUAGAAAGUAUUUUCAUUCUCGUUGCAUUCUAUGAAUUUCUUUAUUCCCUCCUUAAUGUCUUCUAUAACCCAGUCUCUUUUGAGCAGGGUAUUGUUCAGUUUCCAAGUAUUUGAUUUCUUUUCCCUGAUUUUUCUCUUAUUGAUUUCUACUUUUAUGGCCUUGUGGUCUAAGAAGAUGCUUUGUAUUAUUUUGAUGUUUUGGAUUCUGCAAAGGUUUGUUUUAUGACCUAAUAUGUGAUCUAUUCUAGAGAAUGUUCCAUGUGCACUAGAAAAAAAAGUAUACUUUGCAGCUAUUGGGUGGAGUGUUCUGUAUAGGUCUAUAAGGUCAAGUCGGUUGAUUGUAGCAAUUAGGUCUUCCGUGUCUCUAUUGAGCUUCUUAUUAGAAGUCCUAUUCUUCUCUGAAAGUGGUGUGUUGAAGUCUCCUACUAUAAUUGUGGAGGUGUCUAUCUCACUUUUCAAUUCUGUAAAAGUUUGUUUUAUGUAUCUUGCAGCCCUGUCAUUGGGUGCAUAAAUAUUUAAUAUGGUUAUAUCUUCCUUGUUAAUUGUCCCUUUAAUCAUUAUGUAGUGUCCUUCUUUAUCCUUUGUGGUGGAUUUAACUUUAAAGUCUAUUUUGUCAGAAAUUAAUAUUGCUACUCCUCUUCUUUUUUGAUUGUUGUUUGCUUGAUACAUUUUUUUCCAACCUUUGAGUUUUAGUUUGUGUCUCUAAGUCUAAGGUGUGUCUCUUGUAGGCAGCAUAUAGACGGAUCGUGUUUCUUUAUCCAGUCUGAGAUGCUCUGUCUCUUUACUGGUG